AUGUAUUCAGUGACCCAAGAAGAAUAUGAGAAACACCGAGGAGCUCUAUUCAGGCAUUUCUUGCCCGAUGAGCCGGGAACAAGCAGAGAUGGUUAUAAUGGAAAUCGGCGAGGCGAGAAGUCAGCAGCACAAGAGCUGAUAGAAACAAAGAGGAAGUCGGUGCAAAGCUAUUUCACAAGAUUUUUUCGAGAACGAAAAGGAGAAACGAAUGAUCACUUCGAUUUGAAGCGAGUCAAGUAUGAUGAUCUAGGCAUUCCGCAAGACACCGGAGGAUUGAAUAGGCUUCGAUUCAAAGGAGAGAAUCUAGGAAUAGUACCAACGCAACUGAAUCAUAUCCCUCCGUGGCUAUAUCGACAUUUUGAAUAUGCUCAUUACGUGGCACUUCAAUUUAACCAACAUCAAAAGUUUCAAAAACUCCAAAAGCUUCGAAAACUACAAAAAGAGCUGCCCAUUGCAGAGAGAGCGACGGAAAUUGUAGAGUUAUUGAAAACAAAUCAAGUUCUUAUCGUCGCCGGAGAUACAGGAUGCGGAAAAUCUACACAAGUACCUCAAUAUCUUCUGAAAGCAGGUUAUACCGGUGUAGCUUGUACCCAACCGAGACGUAUCGCAUGUACUGCAUUAGCCAGACGUGUUGCGUUUGAGACUUUGAAUCAGUAUGGAAGUGAAGUGGCCUUUCAGAUUAGAUUCGAAACGACGAAGUCUCAACGAACAAAACUGCUAUUUCUCACGGAAGGGCUCCUACUCCGUCAAAUGGAAAAAGAUUCGCUUCUUGAAAAAUACAAUGUGAUAAUUCUUGAUGAAGUACACGAAAGACAUCUAACAUCUGACCUUUUGAUUGGUUUACUUCGAGAUUUAUGUUCAAAACGAGAAGAUUUGAAGCUGAUCUUGAUGUCUGCAACAAUUAAUUUAGAUUUAUUCAAAGGAUAUUUCGAAGGUGCACCGGUUGUUCAAGUGCCCGGAAGGUUGUUCCCAAUUGAUGUUCGGUGGCAUCCAAUUAAACAAUUUAUUGAUCAAUCGGAGAAGAAAACACAUAAAAUUGAUCCAGAGCCGUAUCUUCGGAUUCUGGAGUUGAUUGAUAAGCAGUUUCCGAGUACACAGCGAGGCGAUGCGCUCAUUUUUCUCAAUGGAGUCGCUGAAAUUUCUAUGGUUGCAGAGCAUUUAAAAAACUAUGCAGAACAAACAAAGGGAUGGAUCAUUCUCAUGCUCCACAGUACUUUGUCAGUUGAGGAACAAGAUAAAGUAUUCGAUCAAUCACCGACUGGAGUUCGAAAGUGUAUUCUAUCAACAAAUGUGGCUGAAACUUCAGUGACAAUUGAUGGAAUUCGAUUUGUGAUUGAUAGUGGAAAAGUGAAUUUAAUCAAGCAUGAACCGGGAACAGGAACGCAGAAACUAACGGAAUUCUGGGUUAGUAAAGCAUCGGCUAAUCAACGGAAAGGACGUGCUGGAAGAACUGGACCAGGAAUAUGUUAUCGAUUAUAUUCCCAAGAACAAUUCGAGAAAAUGGAAGAUUUUACACAGUCUGAAAUCAAUCGAGUGUCACUUCAAGAGAUGUCAUUGAAAAUGAUUAGUUUGAAUUUAGGAUUGGACCCCCGAACAUUCCCAUUCAUUGAAAAACCAUCUGAAGACGUGCUGAACGAAGGAUUGGAGAUUCUGAAAUUCCAGCGAGUCUUAAGAUCUGAUAGAGAUCUUUUGACACUCACAGCACUUGGAAAUAUGGUUUCAAAGCUGCCCGUUGAGGUUCCCAUCGCAAAAAUGCUUGUUUAUGGUUGUGUAGUUGAUGAAAUCGAAGUGAUGCUCACAGUGGCUGCAGGGCUUUCUGUCCAAUCUCCGUUCACAAAUCGAUCGUAUCGAGAACUGGAAAUUGUCGAGAGAAGAGCCUCGUUAACUAGUCCGAUGGGUGAUCCGUUCACUCUGAUCGCUGUUUUUAGAGAAUGGGUUCUCCAAAAGGCAUAUGAGGGGAGUGCGAGAAGAUGGACGAUGGAAAAUGGAAUUGAUGAGCAUCGAUUGUAUGAAAUUAGUAAGCUGAGAUCUCAAUAUCGACAGAUUCUCGAGGAUGCUGGUUUGGUUGAGAAGGCAUCAGCUGCAGAGACAGGAGAAGAUGACUCGAGACAACGGAGGAUUGAUCAAGGAGAGAAAAGGAAGCUGUACGAUUUGAAAAGGUCUCAAAGAAACAAUGAUCGCCGUCAGAAAGUGUUGAAUGCCAAUAAGCACUUUGAUAAAAUUCUGGAAGACAAAGAAGAAGAGGAUCUGGAAGCAGAGAAAGAUCCAUUGAAAGCAGAUGUGAAAACAGUGGAAUUUCUGUUGAGUCACAAGCAGAGAGACGUUGAAACUAUUCGAAAAUCUCAUAAAAUCUCGAGAAGAACUGCUGAAGUUGUGAGAGUUAUCAUUGCAGCUGGACUCUAUCCUAACUUUUCAAUUCUAGAUCCGGUUAAUAAGUAUGGGUACGGCCAAGAGAUGUUCGCUCACACCCGCCUCAAACCAUUCGCCCAAAUCCACCCUAACUCCUCUAUUGCCCAGUACCAUCCGGAAUCCAUCGAUCCUCGUCAAUCAUCUGAAGGCUUCUCUCAACUCCAUCAAGUCCCAUUCUACGGACUCCUUCUAGAGACAACUAAACCAUAUAUCUGUAAUGUGAUGCCAGUUCCAGCAGUUUAUGCUCUUCUUGUCGCGCAGAAAAUAGUUAUUGAAGACUGGACAGAACUGAUUGUUGACGACUUCUUGGAGCUGAAAUUUAGGAAAAGUGAAGAUUGUCGGAGUAUAAUUUUGGAUGUAAAAGAGAUUCGAUACGAGUUAACGAAGGGUCUCGCAUCGAAAUUGGUUGGAGAAGAAGGGUUUAGUAGUAGGAGAUUGACAAAGUAUAUUGAUUUGUUGAAUCAGUCGAUUGUUGAUAAAGGAAUUGAAUUAUCGGUAAAAAGGAACGUUCAUCCGCCGAAAGUGUUGACAGGAAUUGGAAUUCAUUCACCUGAUGGCGGUAUUGAUAAAGAGGAAGACGUCGACGAUCUGGUGCAACGGUUCGAGAAGAACGACGCGACGACUCAUGACGACCGUGACGAAGAAGAUCAGAAAGUGCUCGAUGAGCUGAGGUCUGAUGUGAUGUGUCCACCGACUCGAGAUAUGGUAGAAGAUGCGGAGAAACUGGAGAAGAAAAAGAAAGAAGUUCCGAAAGAAUCGUACUACGAGAAACUGUUGAAACGACAGACAGCGAAAGAAGACAAAGGAGACGACAAGGAUCUGAAGAAACCGAAAUUGGAGCCGAUAGAUGUAAAAGAAGAAUAA